AUCACGGUAUCGCUCAUCUCUAGUCGCAACUGCAAAAGUCGGAUGUGUACACCGGGACUUAGGUUCGGGCAAAAUUCCAGCACUACCAGUUCUACUUGCGGUAUAAACGCAUGAUAUUUCACACCUUCCGCAGGAUGGGACAUUCAGGUGUAACUAUUACUAAUGAAAUCAAGGAGUGCAUAUGUAUUCGAGUCAAUGAAGAAUCAGCAAAAGAUAUGGCAACUCUCCAUCCUGACAAGUUUGAAAAAUGGUCCAUCGAAUUGCGUAUGUUUUACAACAAGCAUUUUCCCACUGACAAGGACUCUUAUGCCGUGCGUUUUUCAGUUGUAGGCUUGGCCUUAUCCUUCUGUUCUUUACAAUUAUUCCUGAACCUACAGUGGAAGGAGAAAAGGGAAACGCAAGAAUUUUAUAUAUGGGCACUCAUAGUUCUCUUAUCAUCAGCCGCUUAUGGAUUGUAUUAUGGCAUGAAAAUUGGAGACCGCAAACAGUUCACACCAUGGAUAAUAUUCAAAAGUAUCGAAAUUGUAACGACCACCAUGUCUUUAGGGAUUGCAUUCAUUAAUUCGUUUUAUAUUCGAGGAAAUGAUAUGAUAGACAUCGAGAUAUGUUUCGUUGUUCUAAUUGGAAAUUUCUUUCUGUUAUCGAUUAUCAGAAAGGAAGAGGAAGUGUACAACGUUCCUGAUGAAGCUGUGGCCAAGUUUUCUCCAGUGAUGUCCAAGGCAUAAGUGGAGAUAAAACAACUAAAAUCAGAUUGGUUGGUGUCAUGUGUUCCGUGCAAUGGUCUAAUUAUACGUAGAUUCGCCUGUGAGUGGUCGUGCAGUGCAGAUCAUUGAAUCCAACAUUAGAGAGAGAAAGAUUUAACAUCAUAUCACGUGACCACCAGAGAGAAAAUAAAAAUGAUCGAAUUUCAACCAAUGUUGUUAAGUGGAGACAAAUCACGUGAUCUGAAAGGGAAAGUUUCGAUUGGUAAAAUAUGUUAAACCAAUCGAAAAAGCGGUCGAUUGGUGAACAUCGUGCGUCUCACCUUUCUGUUAAAGUUGAUUCCUUUCUUCCUAUGCGAUAUCUACUUAUAGUUUAAUCAUUGGUUCAAGGUCAGUUUGUUCAAAUACGAAUAAUUAUAUAAUAAUAAUGGAAUAAAUUUAUUUAUUCGCCUGUGAAAAAACGACCCCAUGUUCGUCAACAUUGAAAUGCGCUCGAAUCCACUAAUGUUAAAUGAAACCGAUCAAGAAGGUAAUACUAAUUAAAUUAUUAUAGAAAUAUUAUUAUGAA